AGCUUUUUCCCGUUCAUCUCCGUGUAGAUAGGAAAAAAUACGAUUUGCGAUUUUGGCGAGCAUUUUUAGUCGGGAAAAUUGUGACUAGGGACAAAUUUGAAUAGUUUUUUCGUUUCCAUUGGCGUGUUGCGAUUGCUGUGUGAAUAAUUCCAAUAGAAUAACGGUGCGAGGGCGACGAAAUUCCCUACAGAUUGUGAGAGAUGGGUGUGUUUGACGCAUAACAUUCUGAUUCAAAUCUUUGAACUGGAAGAAACCUACAAGGAGCAGGAGGAAUUCGUAGAAUCAAACAUCAUUAGUGCUAGAAUUUGAAUUUUGGUAGAACCAGUCAGUGUUAGUGUGUGAUUAUCGUUAUUUUCAUCUUCCCCAUCGCCUUUUCAAACCAACUGAGAUCCGAAACAAAAAAAUAUCAUCUUACAUUGCAUAAACAACAAUCAACCGUGUAGAAAGGAUCUAUAAUAUCAAACAAGUCAACAGAAUCUUCUCAAAAUGGGAGCUAAAGGUAGCGUAGAAGCUGCUAAAAUGAACGCCGAUGGCUGGAGCCACUUCGAGCGUGGCAGCAGCCGUCACUAUAGCCACAGACACAACCAGCGAUCGCAGUCGCUGAACCGAGGCCAAGCACUCUCCCGGGCCGAUGCCAGUGUGAUGUGGUGACAGCAAGGAACCUCAGGAGGACAGGCUGGCUGCC